GAGCCAUAAUUGCCACAUUCUGGAGGAAGAGGAAAACAAGUCGAAAUGGAAGCCACUGGGCGAACUCUGGGAGCCAGGCAAGACUCCCGCCCCACCACUCUUUGAUCUUUGCAGUGCCUGUGGCCCCACUGACCCCGCGACCAGAGCUCAUGGCUGGGCCCAGCACCCACAUUGUCCCUGUGCUGUUCCUCGCCCUCCUGGUGCUCCUGGAGCUGAGCCUGGCAGGCUCCCUGGGACCUGGAACCCUUGCUCGGAACCUUCCCGAGAAUCACAUCGACCUCCAGGACCCAGCACUGUGGAUGCCUCCAGCCAGCCACCACCGCCGGCGGGGUCUGGGCAAGAAGGAGCGGGGCCCAGGCAUGCCCGGCCGGGCCCAGGACGGAACUGUGGUCUCCACCACCAGGCAGGCCUCCAGGCUGCCAGGAGCAGGGGAGCUGCUGCCUGGGCAGAGUCCUGCAGGCCUGGUGCAGGACAAGGAGCUGCUCCUGGGGCUGGCGCUGCCCUACCCUGAGAAGGAGAACCGGUCUCCUGGGGCAGAGAGGGUCAAGAAACGCAGCAGGGAGCACAAGAGGCGCAGAGAGAGGUUGAAGCUGCACAGAGGUAGCGGAGGCCGAGCUGUGGUCCGAGGUCCUAGCUCCCUGAUGAAGAAAGCAGAACCCUCCGAAGACCAGGCACUGGAUGCCACGAUGGAGGAGUCCUCCACCAGCCUGGCCCCCACCAUACUCUACCUAACCACCUUUGAAGCAGCACCUGCCACAGAAGAGUCCUUGAUCCUGCCCGUCACAUCCCUGUGGCCCCAGGCUCAGCCCAGGCCUGAUGGGGAGGUGAUGCCCACACUGGACAUGGCUUUGUUCGACUGGACCGAUUAUGAAGACUUAAAACCCGAAGUCUGGCCCUCUGCUAAAAAGAAAGAGAAACACCGGGGUAAACUCUCCAGCGAUGGUAACGAGACAUCACCAGCUGAAGGGGAGCCGUGCGACCAUCACCAAGACUGCCUGCCAGGCACCUGCUGUGACCUGCGAGAGCAUCUCUGCACGCCCCACAACCGCGGCUUCAACAACAAAUGCUUUGAUGACUGCAUGUGUGUGGAAGGGCUGCGCUGCUACGCCAAAUUCCACCGGAACCGCAGGGUCACGCGGAGGAAGGGGCGCUGCGUGGAGCCGGAGACGGCCAACGGCGACCAGGGAUCCUUCAUCAACGUCUAGCGGCUCUGCGGGAGGCGCCUCCCCACCGGCCUGGGGACUGGCGCCCGCGCCGACGUUUGGAGAAGCCGGGCGAUUUGUUUAGAACUAGCAGUGGGAGUUCAGAUGGGGGACCCGAUGACCGAGGCUGCCGGCUCGAGCCCGGGACCCUCAGCCCUGGGAGGGGAGCCCUGGCCCGGGAGCCAAGCUGCAGCACACCUGCGCCCACCUCCCCGCCCCCGGAGGACCCGCAAGGCCUGCGCCUCCCGGUGGCCUGGUGCUCCGCGUUGGCAAUGUCGAGAGUGCCCUCUACUGCCCAACCUCAGCACUGCAGCCGCUUCAAGUCCAACAACGAAGAGGUUCUGAGCGCGUCAAGAAAGGGAACGGACCAGAGAGACAGAGCACCCCGGGAGAUGAGUGCGGAACACCUGUACGUACCAGGCACUGCGCUAAAUGCGUGCCAUACGCUAUCUCAUUUACUUACCACAAUGACCGUUCAAAGGAGGCAUUAUCACCGUUUUACCGGUGAGGAAACCGAGGCAGUUAGUUAUAACCGGACUUGUCCAGGGUCCCACAUCAGUGCUCCUCAAACCUUAACCUGUGUAAGAAUCCCUGGGAUCUGGGUAGCAUGCAGAGUCUGGUUGGGUCGAUUCUGCAUUUUCAACAAGCUCUCGGGGGCAUGCUGCUGCUGCUGGCGGGAACCCCUCCGAGAGCACCCAGGUCCUAGGGAGUAAAUGCCUGAGCCGGGAUCUGCACCUGGGCCAAGCCUGUCGGGUUCCUGGGCCCGCAUCCUUGCUUCUCCACAACCACGGACUUAUUCCAAGUUCUCCAUGGCUUUCAGUGAGAGAGAAGCCCUCCCUGGGAGUUCCUUUCACGGUGGUGAGGUCUGCAGUAACAGGCUGUUCUCUUCCUUCCCUGAACAAAGGUGUAGCAUCUUUAAAAACAAAGCAUUGCAUUAAGCCCCUGCUUGGUGGUAAGGCAUGAUUUGGGAAGAUUGGCCGCUGCCCUCUGGGAGCUGGUAAUCCGAGAUAUGAUGUGUUUGGGGGAAACGAUAGUGCUGUUCCUUCUGUUUCUGUGGCUCUGCUCACCCAGUCCCAGGACAUGCACUUUGACGUUGCUCUUAUAGCUUCUUUAGUUUCAUAGUAGUUCAUGCCCUUUGAGAAUCGAAUGCCGAUAUGGGCUCAAAAUAAUGCACGCAUCACGCAUGUGCACCCACUUUGCAUACAGCCUUAGUGGCUUUCAGGCCUCCCACAGACCAUCUCUAGACACCCCCGACCCCACCUUUCUGCAGCAGAGCCUGCUGAGACAUUGGGGCACCUCUGAGGUCAAGGUGUUCUCUGAAACCACCCCCCACAAGCUAGACCCACGAUACCCACCCAGAACAUCUACCCCAGCAGAUCUGGCUCUAGGCGCCACCCCAAGAGAGCCACUUAAACCCCCCACCCCCACACCUGGCACCUCACUCCUGGUCAGCCCUCUGGUCCAGGGCAAACCAGGCUGCAAAUGACAAAAGCCCUCCCCAUCCAAAUUCCUCGCAGGCCUGGACACCUGCCAGAGGAACCACACCCUCGACGCCAGGGCUGUUUACUCCAUGGGAAAAUCAGUCAGGGUCAGGGGUCUGGCACCAGGCAAAGCAGACGGAUCGAGGAGAAACCAAAUAUCCUUGCUCAUGUCUCCCUAUUCAAGUUCUAUGGGCAAAGGAAUCUUAGAGGUCGGGGUGGGGCAGAGGAACUAAAAGAGAUCAAAGCCGGCUAUUUGGAAAUCAAACCCACCAACAGUUUUGUCUAAGGCUACACCAGACAACACGCAUGCUGUGUGAGCUUCAUUGGGGGUGGCUGAUUUGAGAAUGUGAUAGAACCCUAAGGGGGGGUGGGCUGCAGGCAGGAAACACAGCAUUGCUUAUGUCUGGCAUCGCAUAUGUCUGGGGGCUAACAGUUCAGGUGGCCCUGGGGCAUCAACAAUGGAAAGCACAGAAGGUCAGGACAAAGCUGAAAGGCCCCAUGGAACCAUCCCCAUCUAGCAGGGGAGUUCUGCGAUUGGACCUUCGGGCCCUAGCUCUUUGCCCUAGUUACCUUCAUUUCGUGGUUGCAAAGGUGGGUGGGUAAAAACCUCCUAACCCCAGAGUUAGAGAUCCCAGAGCCCCCCUCAGUGUUUAACAAACCUCUCCGCCCGGAAGUUCUUCCUUAGGUCUAUCUCAGAUUUCUUUGGCUAGUACAGAAGUCAUUUCCCCCUAAUCCAGGAUUCAGCCAACUUCUACCAUAAAGGGCAGGUAAAUAUUUUAGGCUGUGUUCCCAUAAAACUACUCAUGGAAGCUGAGAUGUGAAUUUCAUAUCAUGUUCACAUGUUACAAACUACUAUCUGUCGUUUGGUUUUCUAAAACCCGUUUAUAAAUGUAAAAACCUUUCUUAACUUGCAGAUUACCCCAAAACGGGCGGCAGGUUGGAUUUGGCCCACAGGCUAUCAUUUGGCAGAUUCGUGCUCCAGUCCACUGGUCUCAAACUUGGCUGCCCGUUAGAAUAAUUUAGGGAACUUUCAAAGGUACUGAUGAUGCCCAGGCCCACCUGCAGAGGUGCUGGUUUCAUUGGUCUGGGUUGUGUCUGGGCUUCGUGUGUGUUCAAGGCUCCCCCAGGCAACCCUAAGGUACAGCUGGGCAUGAACUCUGCCCUCGUCCUCCCGACUAUGGGAAUGCUGCUGGUGACAAACGGCCUGCUCCACCUCUCACCACCAUGGUGACCUUAGGAAAGUUCCUUGUGCCUUGAUUUCUUCAUCUGUAAAAUGGGAAUAAUGACUCUCCCGUCAUAGCAAUGUUGUGAGAAGUAAACGUAAAAUCCUUAUAGUGUGUUUAGAACAGUGCCAAGCACAUAAUAAGCUCCCAGUGUUGGCUCAUUUGUUUUCUAGGGUAAUUUUGGUAGGUGGUCUGUUCUUUGACAAUGAUCUGUCAAAAUCACCACUCAGGCUCCUUCCCCUGCAACACUGGGGCCAGGAGAUGCUCCUGUAGGAAAGAGAGGGUGGAGUUCUGGGGUCAAAGAAGUUUGGAAAACUGUUCCGGACUCAGCCCGAGGCAGCCGGUACAGAUCCCGGGUGCAGAGGCAGAGUGGGAAGAGGUGUAAGUGGUAUUGGUCUGCGGUGGGGUUCAUGAGUUUCAAAAAAAUACAACCAGAGGGCGAGCUGAGCAGAAGGCCAAGUGGAAACCAGUAGGUGGUGGUACCACGGGUGGCCCGUGCCCUCCUGCAUUCCUUCUGCGGAGUCUUACACCAUUCCCCAGAGGUGCGCACGGUUCCCACGGGACUCCUUGCUGGGAUUCAUCGGGCCAUGUGAAGCGUGGCCCCCAAGCCUGCUGGGAAUGGGCUGAGGGGCACAGGGUAUGAGGGACGAGCCUCAUGGGAAAGUGACAGCUUCGCUUGCCCCUUGAGGGGUGACUGAACCACAAGUCAAAUCCCAAAGCCACGACCCCUUCCACCGCAGAGAUGGAUCCUCACUUAAAGCCAUACUCAACACACCGAAUAAAAUCUAGUGCUGAGAGGGUGGGCACAGCCUUGUAUGGGAUUCACUUUGCAGCAGGAGAGUCAGCGAACUGACAUGUAACCUGCAAGGAACAUGUUUAUAAGACAACAGAAGAGCAAGGAAAGUGGGUGCCGGGAGGGACACUGAGAGGAGCCAGAAAAGCAAACCAUUUAGGAUUUCAUGGGGCUGGCGCCAUCACCCUCCAUGAUCACCUUUCCUCUUCUGGGAGACCGGAGUGCGUGUGUGUGUGUGUGUGUGUGUGUGUCAGGGAGGGGGGCGGCAGGAAUUGGUUUGCAGAACCAAGGACCUUCAUUGCAGGGAGUGUGUUUUCUGAAUUCUAAGUCAGGACGGGUAGUUUGAUACAGGAUCCUCAGCCUCUUUUGGGUGCAAGAGGCUUCCUAGUCCCUCUUUAUGCAGUGUGGUCCUGGACCAGCAGCAGGGAGGGCAUCACCUGGGAGCUCGGCAGAAGCACGGGGUCCCGGGCCCCAUCCCCAACCUGCUGAACCAGAAUCUUGGGCAGUGGGCCUCAGCCAUCUGGGUUUUACCAAGUCCCCAGGCCAUUCUUGGGCACGAUCAAGUUUGAGACACCCAGGUCUAUGAUCCAUAAGGGGAAACAGAAAAGUUGGAUGGUCAGGGACUUUUGGAUGAUUCAGGGCAUCUGCCUUCAGGUGUGAGUUGGCAAAUCGGAGAUCCGGUUUGCCUGGUUAAUAACCAGCAGUGACAAACUCCCAGGCUCUGAGCCCCUGCCUCCUGGGCUGGGAGUGGUCUAUUUUCAGAGGAAAUCAAGUGGAGCACCUGGGGUGCCCCCCCCCCACUGCAGUUGCAGUCACUGGGUUUUCUGACUCUUGGGAACUUCCCUGUGGUGCUGUGGUUCCUCUUUAAAGUGUGGGGGCAGCAGGGGGAGGGGGGGUGCUAUGCCCUUGUAGUCCUGUGAUGGCGUGUUGCAUGCGCUCUCUUGAGCUGUAAAUAAAG